UGUCAUGUUUCGUCAAGCUUCACGCUUCUUGGGUCGAGCUUCUUGGCUGCGGCCACGACCUUUCUGUACAGAGGUCCCAGCCACCACUCCAUCAACCGAUCCAGCAUUUGUGGAGGCAUGGAAGAAAGUGAUGCCAAACAUGGAUCCACCCAGGACUCCAUCAACUUACAUGGAGCCUCGGCCUCCCGUCCCUUCUUCCCUCCCUCCCAAAAUGAAAGUCAAUUUCGUCCUCCCUUAUUCUUCUGAGCUCUCUGGCAAAGAGGUGGACAUGGUCAUAAUACCAGCUACAACUGGACAGAUGGGUGUGUUGCCUGGCCAUGUUGCAACCAUUGCGGAGCUAAAGCCUGGAGUUUUAUCAGUGCACGAUGGGAGUGACGUGAAGAAAUAUUUUAUCAGCAGUGGCUUUGCUUUUAUUCAUGCAAAUUCCGUUGCUGAUAUAGUUGCCGUGGAAGCUGUGCCGAUUGACCAAAUUGAUGCGAGUUUGGUCCAGAAGGGGCUUGCAGAUUUUACUCAGAAGCUCAGUUCAGCCACAACCGAUCUGGAGAAAGCCGAAGCGCAGAUAGGUGUCGACGUCCAUAGUGCUCUUAACUCUGCUAUAACUGGCUAA